AUGGAGGAAGAUCAAAACAACUCGUCGGUCAUUAGCCAAUACGCGGCACAGCUCUAUGGCUCAACUUCUCACAGCAAGUCUACAACUGGUGAACCUGUCCACGCUACCUCCGUCCACGCUUCACCCAUCCAUACCUCACCCAUCCAUACCUCACCCAUCCAUAAUCCCCAACCACCUUCAUCCCCCAUCGGUGGUUCUCCCGUCCAUGAUUUUUUUAACCCCCGAAAUCCCCCCGUACACAGCCCACCCGUCCACAACUCAUCACUCAGCACACCCCCCGUCCGCAACUCAACUCUCAACACACCCCCCUAUGCUCCAAAUCCAACUACUCCCCCAUCUCUUCGUCCUUGUUCGGCCAUCUACGAUUCUAGUGCCCACCCAAACAGCCCCGAAGCCAUUACUCCUGACCCCCCCGUCCUUAGCCAACCCCAAUACGACACAUCAUGCAAUCAAUCUUCGCAGAGACGGAUCUUCCCUUUGUCACCCCUCCAGUUAACUCCCGAGCUUGGCAGUCUCCCAGGUUUCGUAGGCCAUGCGACAGGAAUCAACGCAUUCUCAGCCGCCGCUACAUCCAAACCUUCCUAUGUUUCCAACACCCAACCUUUCUCUGCUGUACAGGCUCAACCAACUGACGACAGCGACAUUGUGUCUUUGAGCGACGGCUCUCCAGUUCCAGAAACGCCCAAGCACAUUCCAUCAAUGGAAGAAGACCACCUUGCAAAACAACUCUUGGGCUGCAAGACGGUCCCUGCGCCAGACCUGUUAAGCCCACUACCUCAAAUUGAGUGGGAUCUUUUCGAAAAGAUCAUUCCGAAGUUUAGUGCUGCGUUCCAUAUAACUCCCUCCAAACUCGACUUCUCCAACAACUUCCUACUCCAACUAGCACGGCCUAUGAACUGGACAACAACUUACCACAUGGAAAUCCUCAUGCACUUGCUAAAUGCAAAGUAUAGUCGCCUCUUCGAAGAGCAAAAGCUUGCAUUCAUUACCCCUCACCUUACUUCUAGAAUCCAGGCAAUAUCCAAGGAUUUCAACAAGUCAAAAAAGAGAGAUUCCUUCAAAUGGGACGAGCAGCUGACGGGUCUUGUUCUCCAGCCCGGGAAGAAAUGAAUGGAAGAUGUGUUGACUGUCUACACACCCAUG